AUGCGAAAGAUUGUGGAGCCGCUAUUUCAAGGGAGACAACUCUUACACACGCCAUGGCGCCUACCAAGAUCACUGGUUGCAUUGUCAAAGAUCUCCGUUUUCCAACUUCACUCGAGAAGGACGGAUCGGACGCUGUGAACAAGGAGCCUGACUACAGUGCGGGGUACUGCAUUCUGAAGACUGACUCGAGUCUUGAGGGGCAUGGGUUCACCUUCACUUGUGGAAGGGGCACUGAAAUAGUAUGCACGGCCAUCAAAGCACUGAGCAAUCUGGUGGUUGGUCAAAAGCUGUCCGCCAUCUUUGCCGACUUCGCCAGUUUCUGGAGGUCUUUGACGAGCGAGGACCAGAUGAGAUGGCUCGGCCCCGAGAAGGGGAUCAUGCACCUAGCUGUGGCGGCCAUCACUAACGCUGUGUGGGAUCUCUGGGGCAAGGUUGAAGGCAAGCCAGUUUGGAAGCUGCUUGUUGACAUGACACCAGAACAGUUGGUGAACACCAUCGACUUUCGCUACAUGUCGGAUGGCUUGCCAAAGGAAGAGGCUCUUGCACUUCUGCAGCGUAUGGAGCCGGGAAAACAGGAAAGAGAACGCAACAUCCUCCGGAACGGCUUGCCCUGCUACAUCACCUCCUUCGGCUGGCUCGGCUACGACGACGACAAGAUAAGGAGGCGCUGUAGAGAAGUCAUGGCGAAAGGAUUUACAAGAUUCAAGGCCAAGGUCGGAGGAACGUUGGAAGACGACGUUCGACGUCUCGCCAUUAUCAGGGAGGAGAUCGGUCCAGACGCCCUGCUGUACGUUGAUGCCAACCAGAAGUGGGAGGUGCAGGAGGCCAUUGAUUGGAUGAAGCAGCUCGCUCAGUUCAACCUCACCUGGAUCGAGGAGCCCACCAGCCCUGACGACAUCCUAGGUCAUGCUGAGAUUGCUCGGGCGCUGAACUCCCUGGGAAUGGGUGUGGCAACCGGGGAGCACUGCCAGAACAGGGUCAUGUUCAAACAGUUCCUCAAGGCCAAGGCUCUCCAGUUCUGUCAGAUUGACGCAUGUCGUCUUGGAGGAGUCAGCGAGAACGUGGCCGUCAUCCUCAUGGCCAAGAAGUUUGGAGAAAUACCGGUUUGCCCCCACGCGGGUGGGGUGGGGAUGUGUGAGCUGGUACAGCACCUGUCUGUGUUCGACUACAUCUGCGUCUCAGGGACGUUCGAAUCCAGAUGGACGGAGUAUUCCGAGCACCUGCACGACCAUAUGGUGCACCCUGUGCAGGUGCGAGACUGCAGGUACACAGUUCCGCAGAGUCCCGGCUACAGCUCCGAGGUGAAGGCCUCGACGCUUGAGGACUACUCGUUCCCCGGGGGUCGGGUCUGGAGGAAGCUCAUCGCGGAGGGCACCCACGAGGGUUGAUAGGGAACUCCGGGGUCGGGGCUAGACUGGAACCUGUCUCUGUUUCAAAACAAAUUGAGAAAUUAUUUACAUUAUAGCCAAUAUUACAUUCUAUUAUUGAUAAGAGAUUUGUCAAGUCUAGAGUUGGGGUGUGUUGCGGAUGUAAUACAGUAAAGUACGGUUAUAACGAACUCAAAGGGACCACUAUUUUUUGUUCGUUAUAACCGUAGUUCGUUAUAAACAGAUAUAUACAGCAAAUGGACGGGACCAAAAAGAGUUCGUUAUAUCAGCCAGUUCGUUAUCAGCGUGUUCGUUAUAAACGUGAUUAUUUCUGUAUGGGCUUGAACUCUGGAAGAACUAAUUGGGGAGCAGCUGAAAAUGGAUCAGGCUUGAGAUAUUAAUGGUCAUAUCUGGCUUAGAAUCUCUCAGUGCAGUCAAAUGGGUGCAUGUUAAUUAUCCACAUUCUAUUACUCAAGGGGCGGUCGGGUAGCCUAGUGGUUAAAGCGUUCGCUCGUCACGCCGAAGACCCGGGUUCGAUUCCCGACAUGGGUACAAUGUGUGAAGCCCAUUUCUGGUGUCCCCCGCCGUGAUAUUGCUGGAAUAUUGCUAAAAGCGGCGUAAAACCAAACUCUCACUCACUCACUAUUACUCAAGACAUAAACCUAUACAAGUGAUGGUUGGAUCGUUGAUAACCUAUAUCAGUUGGAGGACGUAAUGUGAGUACUACGUUUGGGCGCUGUGGUGAACAUAAUUAAAGGUAGCCAUUGAUCGAUAUCCAAGGACUGGAAGAUCUCGCAUAACAUGUGACCUAAAUACGCCAAAUAAUUUAAGCCUCGUUUUCGGAUUAAGUAGCAAUUGGAAUGAACACUCGAUGCCUAUCUUUACUGAUAUACUGAUGGAAACAAAUAAAGCUGACACGCCAUGAUAUUACUGAAAUAAUGUUCAACGCGGGGUAAAAUCCAACUCUCACACUAAACACGCAUACGGUAUGUCAAGUCAAAUGAGUGCUACCGUUUCUAUGAGGUCCUUGUUUCUUCCCAGUAUGCAUGCGGUAAUUGAAUGGGUUUUUUUCUGUUCUUGGAAUGAGCCAUGUUUUCAGACAAUAAAAUCAUGUAAGCACAAGUGAAUUUCAGAAUUUUAUUGGACUGAUUGUUGUGGUUACAGAUGGGACUCUGUACAAAGAGAUGUUUUCAACUGAAUAAACAGAACAAAAAGUUAUGGAGUUCUAAAGCCAUGAUCAACAUGUGGACAUUAAUGUUCAUGUCAUCACCAGGAGUAAACACCAUAUAUACCCGUGAAGAUCCGGGGUCGAAUGUCUUCAGCAACCCAUGCUUGCCGUAACCGGCGACUAUGCUUGUAAGAGGCGACUAACGG